AUGAUUUCUCUCCUUAAAGCUCGCGAGAGGCUUCUCUCCCCUUUCUUCACUUCCUCUGUUCGUCGCAGCCUCUCUUCUAGUCUCUCCUAUUCUCGUGAAGAUUCGAGAGGUUCUGAAGUAUUUAUACACCCGAGUGCUCUUGUCCACCCAAGCGCUGUGAUUGGGAAGGGAGUUUCAGUUGGUCCAUACUGUACAGUUGGCUCUUCAGUGAAGCUAGGCAAUGGCUGCAAACUCUAUCCUUCAAGCCAUAUCUUUGGGAACACAGAGUUGGGGGAAUCUUGUGUUCUCAUGACUGGUGCUGUUGUUGGCGAUGAGCUUCCUGGUUGUACAGUCAUAGGAGGCAAUAACAUUAUUGGUCAUCACGCGGUGGUUGGCGUUAAAUGUCAAGACUUGAAGUACAAGCAUGGAGAUGAAUGUUUUCUCUGCAUCGGUGACAACAAUGAGAUUAGGGAGUUCUGUUCGAUUCACAGGUCAUCAAAGUCUAGUGAUAAAACGGUUAUUGGUGACAACAAUCUUAUCAUGGGCUCUUGUCACGUCGCUCAUGAUUGCAAGAUCGGUGACCGCAACAUAUUUGCCAACAAUACGCUUCUUGCAGGCCAUGUGAUUGUACAAGACUAUACACACACGGCAGGAGCCACUGUCAUCCACCAGUUCUGUCAUAUUGGUUCUUUUGCUUUCAUUGGUGGUGGUUCUGUGGUUUCACAAGAUGUUCCAAAGUACAUGAUGGUGACUGGAGAAAGAGCAGAGCUUCGCGGUUUGAAUCUAGAGGGGCUUAGACGAAAUGGAUUUACCAUGUCAGAGAUGAAGAGCCUGAGAGCAGCGUAUCGUAAGAUAUUCAUGUCUACUGAAACAGCCCCGUUAAGUCUUGAUGAGCGUCUCACUCAGACGGAACAGAACCAAGAGCUGUACAGUGUUCCUGCGGUUGGUGCCAUGUUGCAGUCAAUCCGAGAUUCUUUCGCUGAAGGUCGUCGUGGGAUAUGCAAGUUCAGACACUGGCUCGACUCUUGA